UUCUCACCCCUUCGUUGUUGUCUCUCAUCACUAAGAAGAUGUCUCGAUGUCACCCAGAUUGCCAACGAGCUGCGGCUGCCAAAGUAGAGGAUGAUUCAGCUGAGAGAGCAGCUACAGUAGCUGCUAACCUGAUCAGCUCUGCUCGUCUCAUCCUUAAGCUGGACCAUGAGUUUACUGAGUACUCAGCUCAGUUCCUGGUGGACAAUGCUCUUGUCGACAAGGAACCAGUACAGCAGGGCCCACAACAACGCUCCACGUUUAAAAUUGAGGACUGCCUUGAGUAUCUGGUGGACAACGCUUCUCCCAAGACAGAGUCUGACCUGGAAGAGAUGGCAAAAGAGAAGCAACGACGCGCCAAGAUAACGGUCAAGGACUGUCUUGAGUGUGCCUUCAAGGAAGGGAUACCGAGAUACGAACACUGGGGUCAUUUGGGAUGUGUUUCCAAGGUUCCACCGUUUGCUUCUCUCAUGCCUCGUGUUCCGGUGAAAGGAGAAGUUGUCGAGGUUAAGAAACUUAAAGAGGCACUUCAGUUGUUGAAGCACGGACCCGUAGGUGCAAAGCUACAUGUGUUCACUCCAGAUAUUGAGCUUGUCGGAGAACAUGGAGUUUACCAUGGCAUUUCAGGAGCUGGAACAAGCUAUGUUGGACUCAGAGAUGUGAUUGUAUGUGGAGUGGAUAGGAUCAAUGGAGAGUUAGUUGGGACUGUGAAGAUAUGCUACAAGAAGAAAACUUCGUUCAUCAAUGUGUCUUUGUGUCAAAUGUUUACCACACUGGCGCACAAUGGCGACGAGUCUAAAACCAUUGAGCCAACGGGUCUUCUCGUUGACUUCAUUGUCCCUCGCCUAUCCAAGUAAAAACAAGAUCGUGGUAAAGUAUCUAAGUAACCAGAUCUUAGGAUCAUCUUGGUAAUUAAGUAUCUAGAGAGAAC